AUGAUAACAUUCGGCUUAACAAUCGUUCGACAUGGUGAAACGCCGUACAACAAAGACAAGCUGCUCCAAGGUCAGGGGAUUGACUGUCCACUGUCAGCCACUGGGUUACAGCAGGCAGAGGCAGCAGGGCAGUAUCUUAGAGACCUCCAUUUCACCAAAGCUUUUGUCAGCGACCUGCAACGAGCCAAACAGACUGCAGAGAUCAUCUUAAGGAACAACAUUCAUUCCUCUAGCCUUGAACUGGUAUCUGAUCCCUUACUCAGAGAGAGGGGCUUUGGGAUAGCGGAGGGACGGCCAAAGGAUGACCUGAAGAACAUGGCUAAUGCAGCAGGUCAGGCUUUUCGGGACUUCACCCCUCCGGGGGGAGAGACCAUGGAGCAGGUAAAGACGCGCUUCAGAAAGUUCUUCAAAGCUUUGUUACAGCAGAUGGUGGAUGACCAUGAUAGUGCUGGGCAGAGUCUGGCUCCAGGACCUGUGCCUGGGUCUGGGGCAUCUGAGGUGGACCAUCCCCCAGAUGGUUUGCCUACUGACGGCAUUCUGGGCAUUUGUGCACAUGCUUUGGUGGUCAGUCAUGGAGCCUACAUCCGUGUGGCUGUCCGUCACUUUGUUGAGGACCUGCAGUGCUCUUUGCCUCAGGGACUGAAGAUGUCACAAGUUUUCUCUGCCUGUCCUAACACUGGCAUAUGUAGGUUCAUCAUCACUCUCUCUAAAACAGAGAAUGGUCCAGUUCCCACAAACGUUCGCUGUAUCUUCAUCAACAGGAAGGACCACCUCUCCAGUGUAAAGGAAACAGAUUAG